AUGUCCAACCCAGUCUGGAAUCCAGACAACAUCACCGACGUCGCCGAAUCUGUUGGCGUCGGCGCUCUCAACCACGACGUCGUUACCCAGCUCGCUCAAGAUGUCGAAUACCGUGUCAGUCAGAUCCUCGAAGAAGCUCUCAAGUUUAUGCGCAAUGCAAAGAGAACCACUCUGAGCACACAAGACAUCUCACAAGCCUUGCGUCUGCUUGAUGUUGAGCCUCUCUAUGGUUACGAAGCUACGAGACCUUUGCGUUUUGGUGAGGCAUCGAUAGGUCCUGGACAACCGCUGUAUUACGUUGAGGAUGAAGAGAUCGACUUCGAGAAGUUCAUCAAUGCUCCCUUACCGAAGGUGCCUCGCGAGAUCUCCUUAACAGCACACUGGCUCGCUGUAGAAGGUGUACAGCCCUCAAUCCCCCAGAAUCCUACCUCCGCCGACCAAAGACAUCAAGAGCUCCUGCCUAAGGGUCCAGGCGCAAACCCAAAUUUGGCCGCUAUCGGUGGAAACGACAAUGUCGCCGUCAAGCCCCUGGUCAAACAUGUCAUAUCGAAAGAAUUACAACUAUACUUCGAGCGCAUUUGCAGUGCUAUUCUGGAUGAAGCCAACGAGGAAUUCCGCAUAUCAGCCUUUGCCAGCUUGCGCACUGACCCUGGUCUUCAUCAACUGGUGCCGUACUUUGUCCAGUUCGUUGCAGACAAAGUCACACACAACCUGAAGAGCUUGUUCGUUCUCAGGCAGAUGAUGCAAUUGUUGGCGGCCCUGCUGGAGAAUCCCAGUCUAUACAUUGCUCCGUACGUCGCUUCGCUGAUUCCGCCGGUUCUUACGUGCUUGAUCGGAAAGCAUCUGGGUUCGACAUCCGCCGAUGGGCCCGAAGCACACUUUGCACUCCGCGACUUUUCCGCAUCGCUGCUGUCGGCUAUCGCUAAGCAAUAUGGCCAAACAUCGGGCACGCUUAAACCUCGUAUCGCGCGUUCGUGUCUCAAGGACUUUCUCGACUCGCACAAGCCUUUUGGCACGCACUACGGAGCCAUCCUUGGCCUACGAGGCAUCUCUGGAGCAGCAGGUGUGCGCACACUGAUUCUUCCCAACCUCAAGACUUACGACCAGGUGCUCAAGCAAGGUUUGGCAGAUGAGCACAAGAAAGAUCAGGCAGAAAGAGUUGCAAUGGUGCUGACUCGAUCAUUGGAGCUUCUGGAGCAACACUCGGCAAACAUGACCAACGGCCACCCCGAAGGUGCAGAACUGAAGGAGCGCUUGACGGAAGCCAUUGGCGAAGUACUCGGUGCACGGGUAUACGAGAGCGGAAGAGCAGGGCUGGCAUCGGUCGUGCUUGACAAAGAUAUGGCGGUGUAG